UGCAGAGGAUGAUGACCUGAUUGUUGCGUUGGAGUUCGAACUUUGUCCUGGGUGAGCAGAGGGACAAAGAUAGAGGUGGUGAAGGGUUAGAACUACUCGAUUUGCUCUUUGAUAAGAAUGACGGCAUCUUACGGCAUGAGACUAUGGGAACACAAAUCGAUCAUCUUUGGCCAGUCCAAGGCCCUCAUAUGAUGAUGCCCGCUCAGGGUGACGAGGACUUCUUCAGUGCACUUUUAGAUGGGUACGACUCUGUUUCUGGAUCUCCAGUUUGGUCGCCCUCUCCUAGCGACAGCGGAAUCAGCGAAGAUCCUCAUUCGGAUCACAUCGAGAGUCCGCCACCGACCGCAAGCCCUCCUUUGGAGCCUCGCAUUGUCGUAUCCCUGGCGCAACACAAUCUCGACACCAACUUUCCUUUUAAUUUCAAUGGCUGGGACACUGGCUUCUUCUCAGACAGGGCUGGAGGGAUGCAGCGUGCAUCUGAAACACCACAGGCACAACCGAACACUGGAUUCCCUCGAACUAUCAAGGACCUGCUGCUAUCUGGCACACCAGAGCCUGCCACAAAGGUGUCCCAGCAGUCCUACCAGGAGCUGAUUCUCACAGAGGAUGAGAAACGAUUACUUGCCAAGGAAGGACUGACUCUGCCAAAUCAGUUCCCGCUUACCAAGUACGAUGAAAAGAUUCUGAAGAAAAUCCGCCGAAAGAUCCGCAACAAGCAGUCGGCCCAAGAGAGCAGGAAGAAGAAGAAAGAAUACAUCGAUGGCCUGGAGAGCAGGAUGGUGGCAUGCAGCGUACACAACCAGGAGCUGCAGAGGAAAGUCUUCCAGCUGGAGAAAUGCAACAUCUCCCUGAUGGAACAACUGCGUCGGCUGCAGGCGAUGGUCAUGAAUGGAUCCAACAAAACGGCCCAGACUGGGACCUGCAUUCUGGUGCUGCUUCUGUCUUUCACCUUGAUUCUGCUGCCCAAUCUGAAGCCCUUCACAGAUACCAAGGUCAGCCAACAUGGAGACUUCAGCCCAUUGAGAGUUCAGUCACGGUCACUGCACAACCUUCAGUCUUCCCGCGUGCUGCGCGCCCUGGAGCAUCCGUUCUCCGUGUCUGAGGACUCCAAAAUGUCCCCGCGCUUCUCUGAGGAUAAAAGUAUGGCGGAGAUAGCGUCACUGCUGGGAGGACUUCACAGGAGACAAGAAUCCACCAAUUACGAUUCUGAAUCUCACAACCACAGUUUAGACCAGCGUGACGACCAUCACCAUGGAGACCCCAUCACUGGGCAUGUAGCGACAGUGACCUUGAAUCCGGGACGUGGCUCGCGGCGGAGUCCUCACGCUGAUGACAUGUGAAGGGCAGAAGGGGAUUUACCCGGGGAUUUGUCAAAACUACUUUAACAGCGCUUUUGAAGACGGGAGCCAGUCAACAGAUUGCUGGAAGCUCGUUUUUCUUCUUUCUGCUGAAGUCAUUUUAAAAGACACAUUACAUAGCUGCUUAUUUAUAUAUUAUCAAACUAUGGAUAAAAUAUCAAGUCCAAUUUCACCUGUUGAUUUGGAAUGAUGGAAAUGCAUUCGCUCGUGUUUUAAGGUUGCCAGAAGCAGAAAGAAGAAAAGCAAUCUUGACUUUUCGUUAAAAUGCAGUGGGGUCCAAACAAAAAUGUGCAUGUGCUUUAAAACAAGGCACAGUUAUUUUUGCGAGAAUAAGUGGCAGACUGACUGUACAUUAUCUUGCUUGUUUAUUUAGGCCACACGCUAAAUAAACAUGGCAUAUUUAUAUACAAUAUACAAGCUUAUGCUUUGUCCACUACACAAUGUACAAAGCAAUGGGACUAGCAACGAAUGUUGAGGAAUGUUGAAAUAAUGAAAUAAUAUUGAUAUUAAUACUGCUCUGAAGUCAUUUUCACUACAAUCGAUAACUGGGACGCAAGAUGGCGACAGUUGUGUUUGUAUAAAACAAGAGCCUCAGUGCCGAUUUUAUUUGCUCUGAUGAGUGGAAUGAGACACAGCCUUGCUAUGGGAAACAUCAAAGUCCCUUUAAAGGUUCUGUAAGUUUUUGACUCUACUAAAGCAUAAAAAUACCAUAAUAUGUUUGCAGAUGUUUUAGAAACAUGUUAAGUUAACAUACUUGUUUAUCUGAAAAACAAUGCUACUGUCAGUUAUUCUCUUUUGAACAUGUCUGUUCUGGGCCUGAAUGUCGGUCUCUGUUUUGGUUUAUGAAACUCAUCCACUGACCGUUUACCUAAAUGUGUUUCGGCACCUCGGGUUGCCAGUUGGCUGAAAACAGUGUAUUUCAUUUUAUUCAUCGUUAAGCACUUUCUUUCCUGUUGGUGUCGUCAAUCUGGCAACCUGCGUGUGCAUCAAGUCUGAGGCGGCUCCAGG